GAAAUACCGAGGCAGGCAGAGCCAGAGUCCGUACGACCGGCAGGAGUACUAGAAGUUGCUGCCUCCUCCUCGUCAGCGUCAAGCAGUUCCUGUCCCCGUGCGGAAGAAGAUGAUAUUAAAAGAACGCCACAAGUAAAACCUGGUCCCCAAAAUCAACACCAACAGUUCGUUCUGUGGGAGCUACUCGAGGAUUGCGUGCAGUGCAAAGGUACCACCACGAGCGACACUGUUACUGACAGUACGACUGCUUUGAUGUCCUCCACCACCUCGAGUGCUCCUGUGAAAGAACCGCUCUCCGCGCCGAGCAGCCCGGAUGUGUCUAUCACGACAAAAACCAUCCUUACGACUACCGUGCCGGAAUCCGAGGCUUUUGUCUACGUGAACGGCGCAAAAGUCUACUGCCCGCCCGAGCAGGCGGAGUGGACUGUUGUGUCGGGCUGUGAAGAUGGUGCAGAAACAAAUAACGCACGAGAGCACGCCGGAAAAAUACAAAUAGUUUUAGUUUCCCUCUCCAUCACCGCUUACACCCCUGCGGGCCGCGGAUCGGCGUACAACAAGAUCCCGCAAGGCCGAGGCGAAUGGGUGAGCAGGGAACUUACCGCCACGCUGAGACACCGCGCGGACCGGCAGAAGCUGAAGAUUUCAAAAGAUGGGUAUGUGCACUGCGGACACUUACUGGACUGCUACAGAGGCUUCCUGGGUAUGCCGGAGAUAGUCAGGUGUACUAGUACAAGUGGUGCUAGUAGAACUAAAACGACCAAAGGGCUUGAAGUUGAACAGCAAACAAGCAAGACACAAAAUUAUGUCACCAGUACGGCGGGUACUAGUACGAAUGCGGAUCUCACACAGAACAAGGUUGAAGACACAGCUCCUCCGGUCGUGGUGCCUCUGACAUUCGAGGAGCUCUAUUGGGUGUGCGUUCACAAUGACAAGCAGCGGUUUCAGCUGCUGCACCGGGAAGAAGUCGUAGAUGUUCUUGGGCAAGAAAAUGUAGAUGAAGAGGCACGACCUCCAGGCGAAGAAGAUGACGACGCUCCUACUGCUGCGGGAGGUCGUGGAGGUGAAAAAGACCAGCAGCACGCUUGGUUCGUCCGAGCUGUGCAGGGCCACAGCCUGCCGGACCACAUGAUCAACGAGGAAGCCUUGAUGACGCCCGUGUUUUCCGCUUUUUCAUCAGAGGUAGCCCCUCGCGGUGCUGGUGUUGAAAACGAAAAGAACGAUGUGGUACCAAGCAGCAGCAAGAACGGGCCCCCAACAGCUACUUCGUCUUCCACCCCCCUCCUUUACCACGGAACCUACCUCGCCGUCAUUCCGGAUAUCUUAUCCUCCGGUGGUCUUUCCCGAAUGUCCAGGCAGCACAUUCACUUCUUUGCCAAGUCAUCUUCUGGACGAGAUAGCCCAGACGAGGAAGAUCUGGGGUUUUUCAAGAUGAAGGACGAGGAGGUGAAAGAAGAAGCAGAUCCACCUCAUCAAGAGGCUCAGCCCCCUACCGAGAAGAUGAAGCCCGAGGACUCGUCUGUUGCUAGUGCUGCAGCCGAAGGCCAUGAAGGACGUUCUCAAAUCGUAACAAAGCCAACGUCUGCGUUGACCUCCAGUAAUACGUCGAAAAUGAUUACCUCAACAGCACCCACCCCAUCAACCACAAAAACCGUAAUAUCCGGCAUGCGCGACGACUGCGACGCGAUCAUUUGUGUGGAUUUUGCGUUGGCGCUGAAGGCGGGACUCCGUUUUUUUCAGGCGCGCAACGGGGUUUUCCUAACGCCCGGAGACGCGAAGGGGUUUCUUCACGCGGCUUUUUUCGCCAAAAUCAUCGAUCGUCGAACCGGGAAAGAGCUCGAGAGCCCGAAAUUCGAGAGACCGCCGAUGCCGAAGAAACUGGAUUUGCGCGACUUUUCCUCGACGACGUCGGCGCAUCAACGACAAAGAGCAGGAGUGGAAACGACUACAUCUUCAAAUAAUCCUUCGAGCGGGUUUUUGCCCUACUCCCCGGAAUCCAGGAGAAAGACAGAUGAGCUGCUGAAAAGGGUGCAGCUGAAUGGUGC